AUAUUUGCAUUUAAAAUUUAAAUUUAUUAUUCAAUGAGUGCAAAUUGCGGAACAAAAAAGACAAACAGCAUUGUACAUUGUGUAAUUUGGCAGACAAAAUAAAUAGCUAAAAAAUCGCUUGUCAGCCAGCAAGAAGAGGAGAAAGCAAAGCAAAAAAAAAAACAAACAAUAAUUCUUGCAAUUGGCGCAAGGCCAAAAAACGUUUUACCUUUUUUUCAAAAAAAGAAUCAGCAGAAACUGCAUUUGAAAGUGAACCUCAAAAAAAAGAAUCGAAAAAAACAGCUGGCAAAAAACUUGUUCAAUUCAGUUCUAUUGACACCUCUCAGUCCCUAAGUACACACACACACAGAGCGGCGGCGGGAAAGGUGUGUGAGAUACAAGAUACAAAUCCAUCCAUAAAAGAAAAAAAAUAAACAGAAACCAGAGACACAGAGACAUAACUCUUACGUAAGCCGCAAAAAAAGAAAAAAACGCGAAUAUGUCCCAAUCCCAGGAACUAACUCCCAUCGAUGUGGACAAGCCGCUUUUUGAUCUUGGCACUUUUACGGGCCGCUUCAAGUACUAUGCCUGGAUGACCGAUCCUCGGACCGUCCUCUUGCCCAGCGAACGUUUACUCCAGGCCAAGGAGAUGAUGGAGAAAUACCGACAAGGCGGAGACGCAGCUCAGAGAAAAGAAUCUACAGAGGAAGUCCAUUACAAUAUGAAGUUAUAUAGCUCGGCAUUCCAUCCGGAUACGGGUGAAUUGCAAAACUUUUGUGGUCGCAUGAGUUUUCAGGUACCUGGUGGCAUGUUAAUCACUGGAGGAAUGUUGGCCUUUUAUCGCACUGUGCCCGCUGUGGUUCUAUGGCAGUUUAUCAAUCAAUCAUUCAAUGCUGUUGUCAAUUAUACCAAUCGUAAUGCCAAUUCACCGACUAGUGUUACACAAUUGGGCGUGGCAUAUGUAUCGGCGACAACAUCAGCGUUAAUUGCAGCCAUCGGUUGCAAGAACUAUUGGUCAAAGAAGGCGACACCGCUAUUCCAGAGAUUUGUACCCUUUGCCGCAGUGGCAGCAGCAAAUUGUGUCAACAUUCCACUGAUGCGUCAAAACGAGAUACUCAGUGGCAUUGAGGUGAAGAAUGCCGAUGGCGAGGUGAUCGGUCAGAGUCGUUUGGCUGCCAUUAAGGGCAUCAGCGAGGUGGUUAUCUCUCGCAUAGCCAUGGCAGCACCUGGCAUGUUGGUGUUGCCAUUGAUCAUGGAGAAAUUGGAGAAAUUCCCAGUGUAUAAGAAAAUCAAAUGGGCAAAUGCACCAUUCCAGACUCUAAUGGUUGGCUGCUUCCUCUGCUUCAUGGUGCCAACAGCCUGUGCGUUUUUCCCCCAGCAAUGCUCUUUGGAUACUGCCACAAUGCGUACAUUUGAGCCGGAACUGUAUGAGGAUAUGAAAAAGCGAACUCAGGGCGUAAUACCCAAACGUGUAUACUUCAACAAGGGCCUGUAAACGAUUAAUCUAAUUAUUAUUAGAUUAACAACAACAGAACCUGAAGACAAUAAUCUCGUUACCGCUUUAUCAAUUUGUAUCUGUGUGUGUGUGCGUGUGUUUAGGUUUUUUGCUUUAUUAUUUAGCAUUUAAUUGUGUAGUUUCGAACAAAAAAUAUCGAUGCUCAAUGCUAUAUUGUUCCUUGCCUAGACAUUAAGCUGAAAAUGAAGGGAAAAGAAGAACGUAUCUCAACUCGCCGUAGAUUUUCUUUUGUUGUAACAAUAACAGGUAUUAUUUUUUAUGCUCCCGCUGCACUGGCUUUAAUCUGUUAACCUGUGAUUUGAAUGUUUUUACCCAUAGAAAUUAUAAUUCUAUAUACCACGAAAGUUCUUUUUGUCCAUUAGAAAGCUUAUGGACAGAGAAAUAUUAAGUAUACGUAAAGAAAAUGCAUCGUUCAAAACGUUGACAGAAAUAUUGAGUAUACGUAGAGAAAGAAAAAUGAAAUUGGAAUCUAAUAUAGAUUGAUACUAUGAUGAUUCUAGUUUGUGUAACUAAAUACAAAAUACUUUAUAGCAUUCUCUUUGAAAACAACUUCUAUUAAGAUAACUUUGAAGAAGAUUGCUAGAAUUGACCUCAAUUUCAUUAACAGCUGAUAACUCUCAGAUGUUUAAAGUUUCCUAUGAAACAAGAUUAUUAUUAUGAGUAAAGGAUUGUAUCAACCAUUGCCUUCGGCUUAGACGUAAAUUACAUUCAUACACUAGCCUGGAAUUCUAAUCCGUAUGAAACAAGCAAUUUCUCUAAUAAAUUCUCUUUGUUAAAUUUGCAUUCAAGUUAUAACUUCUCUAGGUCUCAGAAGCAGGCAGCAGCAGCAGUUACUCACUCAAACUGGUUAACUACUAUUAACAAUGGUAUUUUAGAUUGUUUAACUCUUAGAACUUAUAUAAUUGUAAUAUGUGAAUGUGUCUUCAUUUUUUUUUUGUUUAAAACUGAUUGUUAAAUGUUAAAAAAUAUUUUGAAAAAAGAAAACUAUGCAAUAAAGUCAAUUGAAACGGCAAA